GCGAGGCAGGCAGGCCAAGUGGCAGAGUGCGGCUCAGCCUCGACAGCGGUGCUUCAGCCCGGGAGGGGGGGUCCUUCGCUCCCAUGUGCGCCGCCGUGCCCGCUGGAUGUUGAUCUCGCGCCGCGCGCCUCUCCACGAGCCCCAGCAGCAGCACCAUGUCCAACCCAACCCACGACCCGUUCUACUCCUCUCCGUUCGGACCUUUCUACAGGAGACACUCGCCCUACAUGGUCCAGCCGGAGUACCGGAUCUACGAGAUGAACAAGCGGCUGCAGGCGCGCACGGAGGAAAGCGACAGUUUGUGGUGGGACGCGUUCGCCACUGAGUUUUUUGAGGAGGACGCCACUCUUACGCUCUCCUUCUGCCUCGAGGAUGGACCAAAGAGAUACACGAUCGGCCGGACGUUGAUACCCCGUUAUUUCAGCACGGUGUUUGAGGGCGGCGUCACCGAGCUCCACUACAUCCUCAAACACUCCAAGGAGUCCUUCCACAACUCCUGCAUCACCCUGGACUGCGAUCAGUGCACCAUGGUCACCCAGCACGGGAAGCCGAUGUUUACAAAGGUUUGUACAGAGGGACGUUUGAUACUGGAGUUUGCCUUCGACGAUCUGAUGAGGAUCAAGACGUGGCACUUCACCAUCCGGCAGUACAGGGAGCUCAUCCCUCGCAGCAUCCUCGCCAUGCACGCACAAGACCCUCAGGUGCUGGAACAACUGUCCAAAAACAUCACUCGCAUGGGUUUGACCAACUUCACCCUCAACUACCUCAGGCUGUGCGUCAUCCUGGAGCCGAUGCAGGAGCUCAUGUCACGGCACAAGACCUACAACCUCAGCCCCCGGGACUGUCUCAAGACAUGCCUCUUCCAGAAAUGGCAGAGAAUGGUGGCUCCACCAGCUGGACACCCGCAGAACUUCAAAACAGAAAUAUUUCCCACAAAUCACAAAAAAGGUCGCGCCAAAGCUGAGCCUGCCCGACAGACGACCACGAAGAGGAGGAAACGGAAGAACUCGAACAGCAGCGCCAACAGCAGCGUGGGCACCGCCGCCGGCAAGAAGCGCAGUCCCGCCACCAACUUCAGCCUCUCCAGUCAGGUACCUGACGUGAUGGUCGUUGGCGAGCCGACCCUGAUGGGGGGCGAGUUCGGCGACGAAGAUGAACGUCUGAUCACUCGUCUGGAGAACACGCAGUACGACGCCACCAACGGCCUGGACGACGAGGACGACUUCAACAGCUCCCCUGCUCUGGGAAACAACGCCCCCUGGAGCAGCAAACCUCCCGCCGCGCAGGACAGCAAGCCCGAGAGCACGGCCCCCCAGCCCUCGCAGUAAACAACAACUGAUAAAGGAGCAAGAGAUCCUUGGAUCCAUGGGGAAUAGACUUUCAAACUCCCUUCCUCCAGAGGACAGUUAACUUCACCACUCAACAUUGUACUGAAUCAAAAUCCCCGUCUGCAAACCUUCACCGGCCAAAUAACGUCCGUCUGGGUUAUUUUUCUUCUCUGAAUCAUCGCACCAUCUAGGAGGACACUGAGAAGUUCCUGAACUGCUCAGCAAAACCCACUGACAACAACUGCAUACACGUUGUAUGUAACUGUAAUGUAAAAAUAGUAAGGCAGACGGGGCAGGGUUUUUUAUUUUAUUCUCUUCUUUCAAUGAAUGCUGCGAAAAGCUGCAGAUCAAAUUCUCCUUCUUGGAGCCUCCGAUACAAACCUUUUGUCUGGUGGAGUACCUCGGCUGUGAUUGGUUGACCUGCAGGUCACAAGUCAUCACGCUGAUCGGGAACAGUGGGGAAGGGAAAAAAGAAAAGAGUAAAAACAACAAACAAAAUGUCUGAAAUAGAUGUCUCAUGAAGGGAAUCCAGAGCCCGUGGAAGCAUCUCACCACAUUAGACACAAAUGAAACGUUGGAGGGAAUUGCAUUUUUAUUGGAAAUUCAGUCGGCCGUCGGUUUGUUUCUACUGUCGCUUUAGUUUCAUUUCCAAUUAAGUGGAAAUAAAAGUUCACUAACCACUAUGGAUGCUUUUUUUUUUUUUUUUUGAAUGAGGGGAGAGCUCAUCCUGGAAUAGUUUUUUUGUUUGUUUUUCACAUUACGGUAGUCUUCACAGAUCGUAAUUUCAUUCGAAUCAGUUUAACUGUGUUUAUAGUCCGUUGGUAUUUCGCUUCUUUCAGAACCCUUUGCAGUCACAUUGUAAUUUUGCCCAUCAGUAUGUGAACUUUAUCAACACGCAUUGUUGCAUU